GAAUUCGGUCUCUAUAUAAGCAGUCUGCACUCACUCCAUUCCUUACCCAUUCCCUAAACAAGAACUGCACACUUCAUAUCGAUCAAUAUCUAGGAAUACCGAAUACCUAUAUGCAUGGAUCAGUUUCGUCUUCUUUGGCUGUUUGCAAUUUUCUAUGUGGCAUCAGUAGUGGUGGGAAUUGGGUAUUCUAAUAAGGUCGGUGAUGGCAAGUCCUGGAUGUCUUAUUGGAAUUCAACUUUGCCAAAAUCUCCAUUACCUUCCAAAGCUGUACAGCAACUUCUAAACCUUGCAGAAGGUGAAAGAAGUUACAGUGGGAUUGGAAAGGAUAGUGUAAGUGGCCGUGGCUGCGUCUGUUUUAGCUGUUAUGGUGGGGGCUGUACAGAAGAAGUCAAAGUGAAGCCAGGUUUAACUACAUACUUCCAAGAGAAAGAUCUUCAGCAUUUGGGAAAAACGGUGACGUUGCAAUUCUUGAAACCCACAGAUAACAACGCAACUCUUUUGCCUCGUAAAGUUGUAAAGUCCAUACCCUUUUCAAGCAACAAGUUGCCAGAAAUUCUAAUAUACUUUGGAGUGAAACCCAUGUCGGCGGUUGCAGAAAUAAUGAAAAGCACAAUCGAAGAGUGUGAGGCACCGGCAAUUAAAGGCGAAGACAAGUACUGCGCAACAUCGUUAGAAUCCUUGAUUGAUUUCACGGUUUCAAAGCUUGGGAAGUACAUCCAAGUUUAUGCAACCGAGGCCGAAAACAAUAACGAAAACAAACAAGAAUAUGGCAUUGAGAUUACUGGAGUCCAAAGUAUUGGAGACAGCUCGGUUGUGUGCCAUAAGGAGAGCUAUGUGUAUGGUGUGUUUUACUGCCACAAAUUCAAUAACACAAGGGCUUACAUGGUUCCAUUGGUUGGUGCUGAUGGAGUUGCGAAAGUUAAAGCAUUAGUUGUUUGCCAUACUGACACCACUAGCUGGAAUCCUAAGCAUUUGGCCUUUCAAGUCCUCAAAAUAAAGCCUGGAAAUACAAUCGCUGUCUGUCAUUUUCUAGCCACUGCCGGUCUUUUGUGGGUUCCUAUGUAAUGCACGCAAAUACAAAGAGCGGAUAUGUGUAUUUAUACUUUGGCCAUAAAUAUAAGUAGGGAUAUAUCUAUCAACCUAGUCUUGAAUUGUCAAAAUGUACCGUGACCGUUUAGGUCUCCCAAAGUUUCUAUUUCUGUAAUUUGUAUUUUCAUAUUAUGUUUAUCUGAGAGGUUUUUGAUUUCA